AUGGAUGCCAAAUCAAAGGACAAUCUACAGGCAAGGAAAGACUUGCAAGAAAUGAACAUCAAGCCAGAUCUACAUCCACAAAAAAAGGCUAAUGGUAAGUAUUACUUUCCUCCUACUUUGUAUAACAUGUCUAAAGAGGAGAAGCAACAAUUCUGUAAAGUCCUUCGUGACAUAAAAGUUCCAGAUGGUUAUUCUAGUAACAUCUCUACAUGUGUAAAUGUUGGUCAAGCAAAAAUUUCAGGCCUCAAAAGUCAUGACUGCCACAUACUAAUGCAACAACUUAUGCCACUUGCUCUAAGAGGUCUUCUCCCAGAUGAAGUUACAUCUGUCUUAUUUGAUCUGUGUGGAUAUUUUAGAGAACUGAAUGCAAAAGUUCUCCACAUGAAUGAACUUGAGAAGUUAGAGGACCGAAUCAUAAUGACAUUAUGUCGGAUAGAGAUGAUAUUCCCUCCUGGGUUUUUCACUAUCAUGGUGCAUCUAGUUCUUCACUUAGCAACAGAGGCAAAAAUAGGUGGUCCUAUAUGUUAUCGAUCAAUGUAUUUUGUGAAAAGGUACCUUGGUGAUUUGAAGUCAAACGUGAGAAAUAAAGCUCGUCCAGAGGGCUGCAUUGCAGAAUCAGUUCUGUCAAAAGAGGCUAUGCACUUUUGUUCAACAUUUCUUGAUGGUUUUCAGACAUUGUCUAAUAGGCUUUUGCGAAAUGAUGAUAAUGAGGAGUCACUUGGAUGCUCUACUAGACAUGCAUCAACUCUUUUUCCUCAAUCUAGGAAACCACUUGGGAAGCCAAGUAGUUAUGUCCUGAGAGGUUUGGCUGAAGUACAAGCACAUAGAUAUGUGCUAUUCAAUUGUUCCGAUGUCGAUCCAUACCUUAGAGCUCAUGCUGAAGAGAUCAUUGAAAAAGAUAUUGGAUGUAGAGCCAGUCAUAGAGAUGUUGAGAAAAUCCAAAAUGAGAAGUUCCAUCAAUGGUUUAGAGGUCAUUUAGAGAGGGAAAAUGGCAUUCAUGGUGUUAAAGAUGACAUUAGAUGGCUAGCUCGUGUCCGGUUGAUGCUGCAAAAAGGUGAUGUGACUUACUAUGGGAGGAUAAUUGAUAUUAUUGAGCUAAACUACUCUGGGAAUUUUUCUGUGGUACUUUUCAAAUGUGAAUGGGUUGAUGUUCUUUCUAAAAGAGGAAUAAAGAAGGACAAGUAUGGCUACACACUUGUUAAUUUCUCACACUUGAUACAUACAGGAGAAAAGAUUAUUCAUGAACCGUAUAUUUUUUCUAACCAAGCUGACCAGGUGUUUUAUGCUGAAGACAAAGAAAACCCUGGGUGGUCUAUAGUCAUGAAGAUGAAACCAAGAGAUGUAUAUGCCACAGGUUGUGAUGAAUGGGAAGAUGAUGUAGAAAAUGAGCCAUUCCAUGUCACACACCUUGGAGAUAUGUUCAAUAAUGCAAAUGUAAGACAUCAAUGGGCUAGAACAGACAUUGAGGGAACCACGGUGGAUGCUAGUGAUGCUGUGGAUGCUAGUGGCAAUGGAUUGAAUGACCAAUCAUAG